AUGGCAGAGACAAACGGCACAGAGUCUCAUGUGACGGUCCAGAAGCGAACGCACUACUCACCACCAUGGGCAGACGUCAGCAUCAUUGGCAUCGCCGGCAGCUCGGGCUCGGGCAAGUCCACGCUGUCCCACGCCAUUGUUAGGAAGCUGAAUCUGCCCUGGGUGGUGAUUUUGUCCAUGGACUCUUUCUACAACCCCCUCACUCCUGAGCAAUCUAAAAAGGCAUUUGCCAACGAAUUUGACUUUGAUUCACCAGAGGCCAUCGACUUUAAUGUGCUUGUGGAUUGCCUCCGAGAUCUCAAAGCUGGCAAGCGUGCAGAAAUCCCCAUCUACUCCUUUUCCAAGCACCAGCGUAUGGAAAACACCACAACAAUCUACUCCCCCCACGUAAUCAUCCUCGAGGGUAUCUUUGCCCUUCACGACCCGCGCAUCAUUGACCUCCUGGAUAUGAGAAUAUUCUGUGAGGCCGAUGCUGAUACUUGCCUGUCUCGAAGAGUCUUGAGAGAUGUCAAGGAGCGUGGCCGUGAUGUGGAGGGCAUCAUGAAGCAGUGGUUCACCUUCGUGAAGCCCAACUUUGAAAAGUUUGUCGAGCCGCAGCGAAAGGUGGCAGACAUUAUUGUCCCAAGAGGAAUUGAGAACCGAGUUGCGAUGGCCAUGGUCGUUCAGUACAUUGAGCGAAAGUUGAUUGAAAAAUCGACCCACCACCGUGCAGCCCUGACACAGCUUGAGCUGGCUGCCGCCAGCGAGCCUCUGUCUGACAGGGUCGUAGUCUUGGAACAGACGCCGCAGCUGAGGGGCAUGAGCACCAUCAUCCAGGACAUUGACACCUCAGGCGAGGACUUCAUCUUCUACUUCGACCGCUUGGCUUGUCUCCUGAUCGAGCAGGCGCUCAACAACGUGCACUUUGAGGAGAAGACGAUCGCCACGCCACAGGGAUAUAAAUACAACGGUCUUGUGGCCAAGGGCAAUGUAAGUGCAGUGCUCGUUCUCCGAGGCGGAGCCGCAUUUGAGACGGCCCUGAAGCGGGUCGUCCCCGACAUGAGGACGGGCAGGGUCCUUAUCCAGUCCAACGUGCGGACCGGAGAGCCUGAGUUGCACUACCUCAAGUUGCCCGAUGACAUUGAUGAGCACGAGGCAGUCUUGCUCAUUGACACGCAAAUGGCCAGCGGAGGCGCGGCACUCAUGGCGGUGCAGGUCCUCGUGGACCACGGCGUCGCGCAGGAGAAGAUUGUGCUGGCUUGCUACGCCGCCGGAAGGCUGGGAGUCCACCGUCUGGCCAAGGUGUUUCCCGGCAUCACGAUUGUGCUCUGCAAUAUGCUUGCAGACAUUGAGGAUCGUUGGGUCGAGAAGAGAUACUUCCGGUGCUAG